AUGGCUACUGAGAAACGCAACUUUUCAAGUCUCUCCUUCUCCUCCAAGAAACACCUCAAUGGCGAUACCCCUUCAGGUACACAUACACCGACUACCACCAAACUUAAGAAUUUCUUCCGUAUAAAUAGUGGUGGCAGUCAGACCUCGAUAGGUUCCGAUGGUUUACCAACUCCCAGGACCGAAACCAAGCCUGGCAAACAGUCUCGAUUUCUCCCAGCGUUAGGCCGGAAUCGUUCCACCACCAUUGCCAGUGAUGGCCAUCCUCUUGACGAUACUAUAGCCUCUCCAACUGCGCAGGCCAACCCUUAUUUCAUGCACCAAGGUCUUCCGGCUUUGCGACACCACAAUGAGGGGAGUGUUCCCCCUUCCCCUCCCGAUACCCCAAAGGUCCAGGUCAAUGGUUCAUCGGUACAAGAGAAUGUGGUUUCUGCAGGCAAAGAAGAGUUGGCCCGAAAGCUGAGACGAGUGGCUUCUGCCCCCAACGCACAAGGACUGUUCAACUCAAGUAAGAACGCUGGCGAUCGACCUCAGACCGCAGAACUGGGCAAGGAGCCCCUUGCUGUCGGGUCAGGGUCUUCGCCCAACCUCGGAAUGAUAGCCCAAGAGGAUGUCAGCACGUUGAGUCUUCCUGGCCUUCCGCAACCUGGUUCAAAACCCCCUCUGCCGGGACAAAUCCGACAGUCCAUCGCAUUUAGACGAACCUAUAGUUCGAAUUCGAUCAAAGUGCGGAAUGUCGAGGUGGGUCCUGGUAGUUUCGAUAAAAUCAAACUCAUCGGCAAAGGCGACGUUGGCAAGGUAUAUUUGGUCCGUGAGAAGAAGUCGAAUCGGCUGUAUGCCAUGAAAGUCCUCAGCAAAAAGGAAAUGAUCAAGCGAAACAAGAUCAAGCGAGCCCUCGCCGAACAGGAGAUCCUGGCGACGAGCAAUCACCCGUUUAUUGUCACAUUAUACCACUCGUUUCAGUCCGAGGAGCAUUUGUACCUAUGCAUGGAAUAUUGCAGUGGAGGAGAGUUCUUCCGAGCACUACAAACCCGACCGAACAAGUGUGUAGGCGAAGAGGAUGCUCGGUUUUAUGCGGCCGAAGUGACGGCUGCCUUGGAGUAUCUCCACCUGAUGGGCUUCAUAUAUCGGGAUCUGAAACCCGAAAACAUCCUUCUACAUCAAUCAGGCCAUAUCAUGUUAUCCGACUUUGACUUGUCGAAACAAUCGGAUUCGGGAGGCGCUCCAACGAUGAUCCUGGGGACUCGGAAUGCUUCGAAUCCUACAGGAUACCCACUUGUGGACACAAAAUCGUGUAUCGCUGAUUUCCGCACCAAUUCAUUUGUCGGCACAGAAGAAUACAUUGCGCCAGAAGUGAUUAAGGGUAACGGGCAUACAAGUGCGGUGGAUUGGUGGACGCUUGGAAUUCUGAUCUAUGAGAUGCUGUUUGGCACGACACCAUUCAAGGGUAAGAAUCGUAAUGCGACAUUCGCCAACAUUCUUCGAGAUGAGGUGCCAUUCCCAGAUCACUCUCACUCCACCCAAGUGAGCAAUCUGUGCAAAUCUGUGAUUCGCAAGCUCUUGAUCAAAGAUGAGAUGAAACGAUUGGGAUCACGGGCAGGAGCGUCUGAUGUCAAGAGUCAUCCAUUUUUCCGACCUAUCACAUGGGCACUUCUUCGACAUAUGAAGCCACCAAUGAUUCCACAUCAGGGUCGUGCAAUUGACACCCUGAAUUUCCGAACGGUCAAAGACAGUGGCAGCGUCGAGAUUGGAGGAUCAGCCACGAGGCUCAAGGGCGUGCCUCUUGACUCGGGGAUGGCGACUCCUGGAGGAGAAAUCGCGGACCCAUUCUUGGAAUUCAACAGUGUCACAUUACACCACGACGACGAAGACACGAUUGUAAUGCAAGACAGUGGACCACCGACCAACGGGCGGUGA